CCAUCUCAGUCUAGCCCAGUCUGGUUGACAUUGCGGCUGUGUGUGGAGCUGCAGAAGUUUCCCUGCUGGAGUAAAAGUCUGGAUCACAUUGCAAAGACACAGGGGAGGAAAGGUUAAGAAGGAAUUCUUCUGCUGGACGAGGUUGGAUUUAGGCAACUGAGAUUGAAUAGAAAAAAACUCAAAACCAAAGGAUUUUGCAUUUGGAAGAGCAGCAGGUAUGAGAAGCCAGACUGUGGUUGUGUCUGUGGCUCUGCUGGCCCUGUGCUGCCUGCUGAUCCCCAGAGGAGGGGAGAGCGCUGGGGGGAUCGUUUCUCUGCGGCAGGCUGAAGCAGAGAAGCAGGCUGGAGAUCAGCUGCGAGAUGAGCCCCUUGAUGACCCAGAUAGUGAUCAAGGACUCGCAGGAGACCUUCACCAACUGGGGAGAAGCAACAAAGAAAAGAGAGACACAGAGGAGGCUGCACAGGCAGGUAUUAUGAGGAUAGAACCAGAGGUAGGUAAAAAGAAGAAGAAGGACAAGAAGAAGAACAAAGAGCCAAAGGACCCCAACGCCACCAGAAAGCCCAAAACUGACAAGAAGGGAAAGAAGAAGGACAGGCAAACAACAACACCAACAACAACAACAACAACAACAACUGAACCACCAACCACAACAGUGAUUCCGACUGAACCACCCACCGAACCGUACACUGACUACAACUAUCCUGAUGUUGACAAUGAAUACUGGAAACCAGAAGAUGACAAUGACUACUGGGAUGCCGAUCCCACCCCAGCCGGGCCUGAAGCUCCAGUAACUGAUUUUCCCUAUGAUGACUAUAAGCCGGAGGAGGAAGACCCAGCUGCUCCAGUGAAAGACGUCUAUGAUGACUACUGGAAACCAGAGGAGAAAGAGCCUUUCACUCUCGCGCCUAAUGCUUACGAUGACUACUGGAAACCAGAGGAGAAAGUGCCGUCCACUCUGGCGCCUAAUGCUUACGAUGACUACUGGACCAGAGACGAUAAAGAACCUUACGCUCCCGUGACUGAUAAUUACGACCCCUAUUGGAAAGAGGAAGACCCGACGCCCCCCAGCCCAGAGGUGGAUGGGAAGACUGAUGACUCCGACUACUGGGACACCAAAUAUGAGGUGCCGGAGAAUCUUCCCUUCCCUGAUGGUAAAGAGGUCAGCCCUGAAAUCAAAGUAGAAACUAUACCAGAGGAGCCCACAGCCACUCCUCCCGAUGAGGGGACAUGGUAUGAUGAUUACGACGAAUACGGAAAUAACAAACAGACUGAUGACAAAUGGAUGGAGAAGGAGAGAGAAAGAGCAGCAAAAGAAAGAGCAAGGGAAGAGAAAGAGAGAGCGGAGAAGCUGAAGGAAGCUGAGGAGCGUGCCAGGAACAGACCACGUGUCUUCAAAGAGCCAAAGAACUGCCCUCCCCUGGGGAUGGAGUCCCAUAGGAUCGAGCCGGACCAGCUCACAGCCUCCUCCAUAUCUCAGUAUUUCUUUGCACCUCAGAGGGCGCGACUCAACAUGCAGGGCUCAGAUGAUGAAGACAACAUGAGAGGUGGAGCGUGGUGUGCAAACUCAGAGGAUAAGAUCCACUGGUUUGAGAUCGAUGCUCGCAGAGAGACGGAGUUCACAGGAGUCGUAACGCAAGGACGAGACUCCAUGAACCAGAGUGACUACGUGAUGUCCUACUUCCUGGCUUUCAGUAAUGACAGUAGAGAGUGGACCACCAUCCAUGAUGGAUACACUGACUGGUUGUUUUUUGGAAACAGUGAUCAAGACACUCCGGUGAUGAAUCAGCUGGCAGAGCCUGUACUGGCUCGCUACAUCAGAAUCAUCCCUCAGAGCUGGAACGGAUCCCUCUGCAUGAGGCUGGAGGUCCUCGGCUGCCCACUGCCCGAUCCAGUGGAUGCUCAGCACAGGCAGAAUGAAGUGACUCCAGUGGAUUACCUAAAGUUUAGACAUCACAGCUACUCAGAGAUGGUUGAACUUAUGAAGUCGGUGAAUGCAGAGUGUCCCAACAUCACCAGCAUCUACAGCCUGGGCCGCAGCUCCAAGGGACUCGAUAUCAUGGCCAUCAUCAUCUCCGGCAAUCCCACAGAGCACGAAAUAGGUGAGCCAGAGCUGCGCUUCACGGCAGGUCUUCACGGAAACGAGGCAGUGGGUCGAGAGAUGCUGCUGCUCCUCAUGCAGUACCUGUGCAAAGAGUUCAAAGACAGAAACCCCAGAGUGCAGCGGCUGGUGGAGGGAAUACGCAUCCACCUGGUGCCCUCGCUCAACCCCGACGGACAUAUGGAAGCUUUUGAAGCGGGAUCGGAGCUGAGUGGAUGGAUGACAGGACAUUUCACUAAUGACGGUUUCGACAUCUUCCAGAACUUCCCCGAACUUAAUAGUAUCCUGUGGGAUGCCGAAGAUAAAGGCCUUGUGCCAAAACUCACACCCAAUCACCACGUGCCCAUACCAGACACCUACGAGACCAACAGCUCGUUUGCUGUGGAAACCAAGGCCGUAAUCUCCUGGAUGAAUAGCUAUCCAUUUGUGUUAGGUGCAAACUUCCAGGGUGGGGAGUCAAUUGUAGCCUACCCUUAUGACAGCUUACGUCUCAACAAGCCUACCGAGAGCCAAACUCCUCACAGCCGCAAGAAGAGACAGUAUGAAGAAGAAGGUUUUGAUGUGACAGAGUGGGGAAGGGGCUACCACACAGAGCCAGAGGAAGACUGGGGAUCAAGGGGACAGCAAGAGCCAGAAGAGGAAGAGAGGGGCUACGGCCACAACCAAGGUUAUGACCAUGGCUACGAUCACAACCAGGGAUACGACCGUGGGUAUGACCACAACCAAGGAUACGACCGUGGAUACGACCACAACCAAGGGUACAACCAUGGCUAUGACCAAAAUCAAGGUUUUGACCAAAAUCAAGGUUAUGACCAAAAUCAAGGUUAUGACCAAAACCAAGGUUAUGAGAGGAGAGAGGAGGAAGAUGAUGAUAGAGGAAGAAGUGCCGGCUACCAGUACGGGGAGCCUGAAGAUGAGCCUCGGGUAAUCGCAGACGAGUCCCUCUUCAGGUGGCUGGCUGUUUCCUACGCCUCCACACACCUGACCAUGACGCACAACUACCACGGAUCCUGCCACGGAGACAUCGCCGCCGGGACGCACGGCAUCAUCAACCGGGCCAAAUGGAAGCCAAUCAAAGGAAGUAUGAAUGAUUUCAGCUACCUGCACACCAAUUGCUUUGAGCUUUCUAUAUUCCUGGGUUGUGAUAAGUUCCCUCAUCAGAACGAGUUGGUGUAUGAGUGGGAGAAGAACAGAGAAGCAAUGCUCAUCUUCAUGGAGCAGGUGCACCGUGGUAUCCGAGGCAUUGUGAAGGAUCAGCAGGGGAACUCCAUUGCAAACGCCACUGUGUCUGUAGAGGGGGUAAACCACGAUGUCACGACAGCACCAACAGGGGAUUACUGGCGGCUUCUAAACCCUGGGGAGUAUCGUGUGACGGCUCGAGCCGAGGGGUUCUCCUCUGUGACUAAAAUAUGUGUGGUGGGGUAUCAGUCAGGAGCAACCACCUGCAGCUUCAACCUGGCCAAGUCGAACUGGGACCGCAUCAAACAGAUCAUGGCCCUCAAUGGCAACAAGCCCAUUCGACUCAGCUAUGGCAACAACAGGGUGCAGUCACCUGCAGUCACGAAUGGCAACAGGCGCUUUGUUACCAGCAAUAACGGGUUUUCAGCGAACUCACAAGUCAGCGCCGAGCGGCAGAGGAGGCUCAGGAUAGCUCGCAUCCGUCGCCUUCGCCAACAGAGAUUACUGAAGUUAAGACCGACGACGACGCUACCCCCAACAACCACAAUUCCCACAACGCCAGAGACCACCACAUCCUGGUACGACUCCUGGGUCAUAGGGGAGGGACAGUCCUCCACGCCUGGCGGAUUCACAGACUCCAUCCUGGAUUAUAACUAUGAAUACAAGAUCGAUGACUAUUAAUCUCACACACACAAUUCAGUAAACAUGCAUCUUUCCUCUCAUUCAAGUAGUUCUCAUUGCCAUGUUGUACUUUGAGCAGGCUGAUAAUGAAUCAAUGAGGAAUCCUGUCUUUGUACGACAGACAAGCAAUGGGAAGGCACAGAAUAUUAACUACAGUUUGUAUAAAGAUAGUGUAUCUUUGACAAAACGCCUCGUCACAGAUAUUGUUAUAGCAUUUCCGUUUUUCAGUUCACACUGCAUUCUUGACCUGUUACUCAGUCUUUUUGCUUCAUGAAAAGAUGUUUAUUGUAGAUGCACAUAAAAAAAGUAAUCUGUUUUUUUUACUUCAGGGUUAUUUACACAUGGCAGAAAUAUUUUUUACAGUAUGAACACAAAAAGGUUCAAAAAGCUUACAGCGAGUCAGUGGACAGAAAGGGUCUUCUGUCAUGUUGCCUCAGACGCAGAAGUAAAGUAGUUAUUUUUCAAAUAAAGGUUUGUUACUGUAAUACACAA